GCUGUGUUGUUCAUGGCUGUGCAAUGAAAUAUACUCUUUAGAUUUUGAGUAAUUUUCCAUAUAUAAUUUUGAAAGUUGUGGUUAUCCAUAAUAGAGCUAAUGAUAGUGAUAGUAUUUUUGUUGUUAUAAUAUGGCAAGAGAAGAGUAAAAUAUUGUGUUUUUGUUUCUCCGAUAAUGAUUAUGUCACUGAACAUAUUAUGUAAGAAGUAAAAUAUAAUUUUUAGAAUUCUUGGAGAACUAGAAUAAGUAUUCGUUCAUAACAUUUGUAGUGCCAACAGUUGUAUAUUAACAGAAUGUGAAAGAGAAAUUAGUGAACCGAUAUUUUAUGUUGAUGAAAGUGUUUCAUAUUUUUUUACUGAUGUUAUACUAUAGUUUGGAAGAGAUUGAUAAUGGGUAGCCAGUGAUACAAUUUGUGAUAAUAACAUUGUUAUUGCUAGCUAAAAAUUAUAAUGAAGAGAGAAGAAGUAAUCAAAACAAUAAAAGCAUGGUUGAUGAGACGAAUGAUUAGAGAACUCAAAUAGAAUAUGAGAAGAUAACUGAUAUAACAGAUGGGAUGGUGGGAAUAAUAAAAUUAAAUGAAUAGUUUGAGAUAAUUUAUUAGAAUAAAAUGUCUAGUAAUAUAUUAUCGAAUAGAUCAAUAAGUGAAUUAAUAACAUAAUAACCAAUUCUAAUAGACAAAUAAACAAAGUAAUUGUUGUAAGAAUAAUGCAACAUAAAAUUACAAUCAAUAUAGGAUUUAAGAGAUUCUUUAACAUUAUUAUCGUUAAAGGAAUUGUUAGAAAGCAUAAAGACAAACUUAAUUCUUCCUCAUUAAUUGGAUGUAUACGUUCUAUAAGGAUUUGAAGAAUAGUUUUUGUAAAUUCUGAUAUAGAAAGAGAAUGAUAAUAAGACUAUUUAUAAUAUAGUGUUAUAAGAACUGGCUGAUUAUGCUCAUUAUAUAAAGAAGAAGCAUGCAUAGACAACAAUGAAAUAAUUAUUUAAGAGUUUCAGUCAUGAAUUGAAUACAUCAUUGAAUUAUAUAUUGGCUUUGGCUUAGGUAGCUUAAUGUCAUGAGAAUGUGCCUAAAAAUGUUUCUGAAAAGUAUUUCCUACCAAUUCUGCAUUGUGGGAGAAUAAUGCAUAGUUUUAUAAGUGAUAUAAUGGAUUAUAAUUUAAUCUUGAGUAAAUAGUUUAAUGUAGAAGUGAGCAAUUUCAAUAUUCCAUAAUUGAUAAGUGAAGUUGUAGAUCUAUUCAAAUAUUAAAUUAAUUAAAAGAAUUUGAAGAUUGAAUUUCAAAACAAUCUAUUAAAUUAUGAUUUAGUUAGUGAUAGGAAUAGAAUAAGAUAGAUUCUAAUAAAUUUAAUAUCUAAUGCUUAGAAAUUUACUUUUUCUGGUUAAAUAAGAAUUUAAGUAGGGGCAGUUAUAAAUAACAAAUAAUUAUGUGUAAUCUUUCAUGUUAUCGAUACAGGAAUAGGAAUGAAACAAGAAGAAGCGGAACGUUUGCAUUAAUUGUUAUCAUCGGGUAUUCCAUAAACUGCUAAGAUUUCUUAAAAUACAGUAGGUUUUGGUUUGGGAUUAUAUAUCUCUAACAAAAUUGCAGAAGUUUUAAGUUUAACAAGAUAUGAUAAAGGUGGAGGAUUAAGAUUUGAGUCUAAAUAUCAAUAGGGAUUUCAUGGUUGGUUUAUGGCAAGAAAUUAAUCAUAUAGUCCUAUCCAUUAAUAAAGUAAUCCUACUCCAAUUGUACGUAUACGUAAGAAAAUUCAAAUUGAUACAAUGGAAUCAUAAAUCAGUCGAGUCAAUGCUUAACCUAUGAGGCAGAAGUUCUCUCAAAUUUUAGGGAUUAAAGAUAUAAAAUCAGAAAGAGGAUUGAAUAAAGAAUUGUCAUUAAAAUUAAGAAAACCUCCAUCAAAGAUUGCUAGAGAGUUAUUCCUAGCUGCUAUCACUUCAGAAAGGAAGAUUGAAUCUUUUAGCAUAAAUUAAGAAACUAACGACUAAGAGUAUGAAUCUAGAAUAACACAUUUAAAAGACAAUUUAAUUAAAAAACAUAAAUGCAACUGUCCAUAAAUCUUAAUUGUAGAUGAUGAACAAAUAAAUAUUAUGGCUUUAUCAAUGAUGCUAGAUCAAAUGGGAUAUUCCAGUGAUUCCGUAUUCAAUGGAGAAGAAUGUGUCAAUCUAAUAUUUACAAAUAAAAAAAAGAGUAUUAUUUUAUCAUACUCUAGCUAAAUGUAAUAAAUGCAAGUCUCAACAUUAUAGAAUGAUCUUUAUGGAUAUUAAUAUGCCAAUCUUAGAUGGAAUACAAGCUACUGUCAAAAUCAAAUCAUAAUAUUCAAACAUUAUAGUUAUUGCUUGUACUGCUUUCUCUGAUACAGAAACCAGAAACAUUUGUUACAAAAGUGGCAUGAGCUAUCACAUCUAAAAACCAGUCAAAAAAGAUUAACUCAUUGAAAUACUAGCUUAUUAUCUAAAUUGA